AUGUGGAAUGCUCACACCUCCUUUGGGAACAUUCUAGGCUCGUUAUUAGCUGCUGCGUCUCUGGCUUCUGGCUGGGGCUGGGCGUUUCUCGUCCCCGGAAUAGCGAUAAUUGUAGCGGCGUUUGUUGUGUUACUGUUCCUGCCGCCCGGACCAGAGGAAUUGGCGUUUGAGCCGCCAGAGGAGGAGGAGGAGAAGGAGAAGGUGGUAGAAAUGGCGAUGGUGAGUGGAGGGGUGGUGGGGAUUGGGGGAGAGAGAGUGAGUGUGGGCCCUGGUGGGGUUCUGUAUAGCCCUGUGAGUACAAGGGAUGGAGCAGGAGUGGGGAGUGGUGCGAGUGAAGUUGGUAGCGGUGCUCCCAGUGGUGCUGGUGGUGCUGGCGGAAAACUGGCAGGUGAUGCAUUUGUAGGUGAAAGAACAGCGGGAGGAGACGGGGAGAGAAGAAGCAGCCAGUUAGCGGAAAAGAGGGACUCAGCAGGAGCAAGAGAAGGAAACCCAGCAGGAGAAACCGGGUUACCCGCUCUAUCCAACCAUGUGCUUACUCAACAAAACGGGACAUGCAUUAACGAGGACGGGGGAGCCAGAUCCCCCCCUCCCAAGCUACGCCUUCCCCCAAACCAGCACCAGCAGCAGCACCAGCAGCAGCAGAAAGACGUGUCAACAUACGACGACGACAGUGCCGGGUUGUUAGAAGAGCUCGAGACAGCAGCCGCAUCGAUCGCCCACAUGCGUUCCAGAGCCAGUGGCAGCAGCAGCGGAGGCGAAGGGGUUGAUCGCGCGGUGGGGUUUCUGGAGGCGUGGAGGAUUCCCGGCGUGGCCGCGUUUGCUCUCUGCCUGUUUUUCGCGAAACUAGUCGCCUACACCUUCCUCUACUGGCUGCCUUUCUUUAUCAGCCGCACGGAAAUCGAGGGUCGUUACCUCUCUGACGCGCAGUCCGGCAUCAUGUCUACAGUGUUCGACGUGGGCGGAGUGGUGGGCGGCAUUCUUGCCGGCCAUCUCGCCGACCAAACCGCCGCCCGCGCCACCGUUUCGGCUUCUUUCCUCCUCCUAGCUGCCCCGGCUCUAGCCGCAUACUUCCUCCUAGGAGGUAUCGCGCUCUGGGUGAAUAUCCUCCUUUUAAGCCUCUCCGGUGUGCUGGUUAACGGCCCGUACGCGCUGAUCACUUGCGCAGUGUCUGCCGAUCUCGGGCAGCAUAAAAGUCUGCAAGGGAACGCCCGAGCGCUGGCUACAAGGGAUGGUGGAGGGGCGACGAGGGUCGGCAAUCGGGCGGCAAAGUUUGGAGCAAGCAGCUUUGGAAAGAAGACCACUCCGAUUAGAAGAAGGAGGCUGAGGCAAACUGUUGCUGUUUCCUUAACCGUUCCCAGGUCUUUGAAACCUAACACAGUCAAGCCAAUCGCAGCCGAGCUUAUUUCCGCGGAGCCAAUCACAGUGGACGUUUUCCCCGCGGUGUUUCUCGAGCGCGACUACGAGUUCAUGGGGGAAAUCGGCAGCGGGCAGUACGGCAAGGUCUGGAAGUGCCGCUCGCGCCUCACCGGCCGGCAGUUCGCCUGCAAGCAGGUCAAGAAGCGGCCGGCGCGGCCGGCACGGUCGGGAAAAGGACAGAAAGCACGGAAGGACUCUGCGCAGCGGAGAACCCGGGAGAAAAUCGGCGGGGUAUCCGGCGCGGAUGACGCGGCUGGUUCAGGAGAUGACGUGGACCCGAUCGAGCGGGAAAUCGCGGCGCUGACUCAUUUGGAAGGUUGCGAAGGCGUGACGUCGCUACACGGCGUGUUCGAGGACGCCACGUCGGUUUUCCUCGUUAUGGACUUGUGCGAUAGUGGCGACCUGUUCUCGCUUAUCGCGGACACGGACGGCGUUCCCGAGGACGAAUCGCGUCAGCUGUUUGCUGACGUGGCACGGGCAGUGAAAGAAUGUCAUGACAGGGGCGUGUUGCAUCGAGACAUAAAACCCGACAACGUCCUCCUUUCUUUGCGCGAGACUACUACAACUGCGGGUAACCCCGAAAUUGCGGGGUUGGACUACAACUACCCCUCGCCUGCUAGCAACACCUCCUGGACCUCCGCCGCGCCGUUAUUUCACGGUUUCCGCGCCACGACGGCGAACGAACCAUUGGCGACUAGCCGGCGGUACGACGUGAAGCUAGCGGAUUUCGGCCUGUCCGUGAUUCUAACGGGGGGCGCGCGCGUGCGCGGAUACGCGGGGAGCUUUCCUUACGAAGCGCCGGAGGUGGUUGGGUUGAGAGAGUACAGUUUCGCAGCGGAUAUCUGGAGCAUGGGCGUGCUUUUGUACGCGUUAUUGUCUGCGAACUGGCCCGAGUUCAAAAACAGGCAGGUGCUGAACGAGGAGACGGACUGGACUGGCGCGUCGUGGGAUCAAGUGUCGGAGGACGCGAAGGAUCUCAUCCGUCGGUUGCUGACGGUGGAUCAAGAUCGACGGCCCACGAUCGAUGAGGGGACAAAAUUGAAACAAAAUUCGUCGCUUCUUCCGCCGCUCCUCAUCCCCUCGCAAUCGCUCGAUUCUCGCGAUUCGGCCUCCCUCGAGUCUGCUUCGUCCAUUCCGUCGGAAGCUUCGUUCCUCUCCGCUCUUGCCGCCACGCCUGCUUCUCUCCCCACGCCAACGGCUACUUUUGCUUGCCGCGGGGCGAUGUAUCCUGCAAACGAGAGGAGCCACACGAUUGGCGCGGUUACGGGAGGAUCGGCGGGGAUCCGCAGUAACUGCGCGAGCCGCGGGAGUAGUAGCGGUUCGGAGACCCUCCCUGUCAGUGACAAUAGCGGGGCGUGCGAUGUGCCUGAGGCGUCGUGUGACUGUAUCGAGGGGUGCGGACUGAAAGCGCGUAACCCUAAAUGUAACCCAAAAAGGACGCAUCAACGGCUGAGAAAACGAGGAUCCGCGGGAAACGCAGGCGGCGGCGACGAAACGCGUGGACAAAUCGCAACUGAGGAGGAAAGGAGGUGCUUUUCGGAACCCAGCGGCGGGAGUCACGGACGACGAGAGGAGAAGGACGCUACUAGCAGCGGAAGCGUCAGGAGGGGGAGCGCCACCGGCGGAAGCGCAACCGGCGCAAGCGCAAGUGAACCCCGUAACAAGGAUAAUUACGGAAGAGCAGGUUCUCCGUUAGCGCGACGCGGGUCUAUCAAAGAGUACGCGGCGCAGGUGGUGUCUAAUCUAAGAUGGCAGCCGGCCUGCUUCUAUUCGACCGCUGAAGCCGUGGUUCCCGAGGCGCCCUGCGACGACACCGCCGCUUCCUCCGCCGCAACUACCGCCGCAACUUCCGUCACUUCUGCCGCGGUGCCUCCCGCUACCGAUUUUGGAGGCUCUAUAAGUGGAGCCGCGGAAACCCAAUCCCAAGCCACUGAGGGUAAGGAGACCGCGCGGAUAUGGAUAUUCUACGGGCAAUGGAGGCACAUCUAUCCGCGUUCUUUAUGA